UACAAUAUGGUGGCGUUACGGCGAAGCGACGCAGUAGUGCGGUGAUGUUAUGACGUUAUAAAGCAGUAAUAAAGUGACGUUACGAAAUGGUGAGGCAGUAAUGUGGCGACGCAUCUUUUCACGCAUAUGACGUUUCGCAGCGGCCUAGCAUACUGAGGUCGCCAUCCGUCGACGAAUUGCUCUGCUCGUGCGCCGGCAGCACUCAUAGAUCCACAUGAAUGAAUCAGCAAUAUGACGUCGAUUUACUACGUUAUCAUCGUUUUGCACUUCAUGUUAGAGCUUGUGCAUGGGAGCGGAAAAGCAGACAAGACGGGUCACGAGGACAAACUUGUUAUGAAGCUGUUCAACGACUACAACCGGCUAAUACGUCCAGUCCGCAACCAGAGUGAAAUCACCUACUGCGACUUCGGAGUUGCCCUCACACAGAUAAUCAAUGUCGAUGAAAAGAAUCAAAUAAUAAAGACCAACAUCUGGCUCAGACACACCUGGAAUGAUUAUCAACUAGCCUGGGAUCCGACGGAGUAUAACGGCCUGAAAGAGAUACAAAUCCCCUCUGAUAAAAUCUGGGUACCAGAUAUAGUGCUCUUCAACAAUGCUGACGGCAAUUACCAGGCGAACUCGCGAGUAAAUAUUGUCCUUAACUACGACGGCACCGUACAGUGGAUUCCUCCGGCCAUCUUUCAAACAUCGUGCACAAUCGACGUGCGCUAUUUCCCCUACGACCAGCAGACCUGCGGCAUGAAAUUCGGCUCAUGGACAUUCAGCGGUGACCUGCUGCAGCUCGCCUACCACUCGGGCCUGAAGAUGAUUGAUCUAAACGACUACGUCUAUAGCGGCACUUGGGACCUGAUCGACUGUCCGUCGGAAAUCAUAAUCGAGAAUGGCACGAACGGCGAUCCACCGAAGGAGUACAUGUACUACUCGCUGCAAAUCCGACGGAAGACGCUAUUCUACACGAUCAACCUCGUCAUGCCCUGCGUAUCACUUGCGAUGUUGAGCAUGAUCGUGUUCUACUUGCCCUCCGACUGUGGUGAGAAGAUGACGCUGGCUAUAUCGCUGCUGCUCGCGCUCAUCGUAUUUCUGUUUCUGGUGUCGAUGAUCCUUCCGCCAACGUCGCUGACGAUACCUCUAGUUUCGAAGUAUCUGCUUUUCACGUUUCUCAUGAAUAUAUGUACGAUAUUCAUCACUGUGAUCAUCAUCAACUGGAACUACCGGGGACCCGUGACGCACAACAUGCCGCGAUGGAUCAAGCGAGUGUUCAUCGAAAUCAUGCCAAAGUUUCUCUUCAUGAAGAGACCUAACGUAACGACGGUGAAUUACAGCGGCCAUAUGUACGCUAAGCUAGACACAAACCCGGAUCCAACAUUCUCGCAGCAAGUUGUUACGUCGCUUCCGUUACCGAUGAAGGAACACCAUCAUCCACAUUGUAGUCUAUUUCCGGCUGAAGGGCAGGCUGCCGAUGCGGAUGACAUAGGGGAAAACAGUCGCAGCUCCGUCGUCGCUCCACCAGAAGUCCAGAGGGCCGCUUGUGCAAUUGAGCUUAUCUCCGACCAUCUCCGUGUGUACGACAAAGUAUCAGAGGUGGCGGAGGACUGGAGGUACGUUGCCAUGGUUCUCGACCGUCUGCUUCUCUACACGUUUGUCCUCGUCAUUUUGUCAGGCACGCUGUCGUUCUUUGUCAACGCUCCCGGACUGUUCGAGUUUGUCGACCAAGAAGCAAUUAUUAAUAAUUUAAGAAAUUAGCUCAAUCUAGCAAAGUGAACACACUCACACCCUUAUUGAAUAUUAUUUAUAUGUUAGUUAUGCGCACAUGUAGUAAUGUCGACCUUGUGGUCUUUAGAACGCCUUAUCGCAACGCUGAUUGACGCGAUUUAGACAAUUAGGUUUGUUAUUGACGAAUCAUCGGACAGGUUUCCUUAUCGCCGUGAGCGAAUCUAAGUAAUAUUACGUUACAUAUAGUUUAGGAAAUCGUAAAUCGUAUUGGACAGAUCUCCAGUUGUAUUCGUGUAUUUAUGUAAAUGUAAUAGGUUUUUGGCCACAUGCUCUCAUUAUUACAUAUGCAUUAUUCAUUGCGACAUUUGUUUGUCGGGAUUUCGAGUUUUAUUGCUUGUGGGUUUAGUUACCAGACGUGACUGGUCGAUAACCCACAUUUACCGGCUGCGUUCAUUUUGAACAUCGGUCAAAUGCGCCGAACGUUAGUCUUCAAUUCUUGCAGCUCGUAUACAUUAUAUGCAAUAUCUUAUGUCAAAAUAUUAUGCGCAUGCCGAGAAAAUGCCUUGACGGAAUUCUGAGAUUUAAAUUCAAGUUGGAUAUGCAACAACCAAAUGCACGGAACCAUUUUAUUUCGUAUGUUUAAUAUUUGCGCAACGGCUGACGAAUUUCUUACGCAAUAUCUCUACGUCAACUUGCCACGUACCACCCUCAUGUGUAGUCUAGUCUGUAUAUAUUGGGAACGAUUUCUACUAUAGGGCGCCUAUACUUACGUCCUAUUGCUUUCAUAUUUGCAAAAUUACAUAUUACGUAGAUGCGUGUGCGUAUGGCAGUAUAUCGCAGGCUAUAGAGCGAAACGUACCUGAAUAGUUAUAGUAUUCACGACAUGCAUCUCGAGUUGUUUGCAUGCACCAAUAAGGUACGGUAGACUACCAUGACAAGGAUUACGCGUGCAUUCAAUUCAACGUCGUUAUAGUUGUAUACAUAUAAGUUCAUUUUUUUGCCAGUUAUUUGUUUACUCGGUAGUUUACCGGUUUUCGCUUGCAACCGGGACGCCGUCAAUAAUUGAAAUCUCUCGGGAUUAUAAAGAGAAGUAGACGAAGAGUGGUAGAUCUAGAGAAAGCGAGAAAGAGAAAAAAUAAUUUGACGUAGACAUAGAGAGAGAAAGAGAAAAGAA